GUACUAACUCUUCGAGCACAAGACAUCCAUAUAGAAGCUUGUUAAACGUUUGUACAAAAUCUCGACUUUGAUGACUCUUUAUAUUUCCAUCCUCCAAUGACUUACAAAGAGAGGAGAAAGAGUUCUGAAAAUUUUUAUGCGUUCUGAAAAUAUCUUGGCUUUGAAUGCAAAAGCUCAAGCUCCAUUGAACAAAUUCCACGUUAAACGUGAAGAUGUUGUUGAUCAAUAUUGGGUGUUUAAAUGGAUAUCCAAAGUGUUGAAACGUGGUGCGUUAGAUUUUGAUGUUCGCAUUAGAGGAUGGAAAUAGAAAGAGUCAUCAAAGUCAAGAUUUGGUAUAAAAGUUUAACAAGCUUCUAUCUAGAUGUCAUGGGUUCGAAGAGUUAGAUUAAUUUGAAGUGGAACUAGAACUAUUUGGAACCUCAACCAUGUUCCGUGAUCGUGUUUUUCCAAGCCUCAAAAGGCUGAAGUUUUUUCGUUCUGAAACUAUUUAUGAGGUUGAAGAUGUUGAUGAGGCUAAUGAGAAUGUGUCAUUGUCAUUUCAUAAUUCAAAUCUGGUCCACCUAGAAUAUUCUGAUAGUAGGCUGAUAAGUAUCAUCAAGUGAGUUUUGAUUCGCUUGUUGAAGCUAGUCUCGGACUUUGAAUGACACCUGAUCAGAUCAUACAUGUAACAUGUUCAAAAGGACUUACUUUGGAACCCAAAGACAAGAAUAGUUUGAAAACCCUUCUCAUGGGAAUAUGCAAUAUUAAGAUCCUCUACUUGUCUUGUGACACUCUUAAGGAACUUAAUGACUACAGUGAAACAAUACCGGUAUUCAACAACCUGAUGCAGUUAACUAUUGUACCAUGUGUAGAGUACGAAUCACUGCGAGGUCUACUCAAGAAUUGUCCAAAUCUAGAAACCCUCGUCUUCGAAGGACUGCAUCACGAAUCUACUAAAAGAUGUGAUGACGAGGAUAAGUGCUUGUGCGAAUAUACGGAUGACUGUGGAGGAGAAGAUCGAGCAGGUCAAGCACUUCCUAAAGAUCAUGUCGAAUCUUGAACAAAUGAUAUUGUGGUACGUCUACACCAGAUGAUACCAUUAGAAGUUACUUUUAUUCGCCCAUGAAUUAAAACUCAUUCUUAAACUCAUGAAAAGCCUCAUUUAGUCUGGAUGACACAAGUGUUUUUAGGAGAAACAAAUGUUUAUGCAAAACUUGAAACAUAGAAAAUGAAACAAACGUGGAAAAAUCAUCUCA